UGGGGGCGGGUCCUGCGGCCCGAGCCCUUCCGGCCUGGCGCGGCCUAGUCCCGCGGAGAGCGCCGGCCGUCGCCCGGGGAUGCUCCUGCUGGCCCUGGGCGACCCCGGGAUGGAGCCGGCCCGGCCCGCGCUGGUCAUCCGCAUCCGCAUCCCGGACGGCGGCGGCGCCGUGGACUGGACCGUGCACCCCGCGCCGCAGCUGCUCUUCCGCGACGUGCUGGACGUAAUCAGUCAGGUUCUUCCUGAUGCAACGACAACAGCUUUUGAAUAUGAAGAUGAGGAUGGCGAUCGGAUUACUGUUCGCAGCGAUGAAGAAAUGAAAGCUAUGUUGUCCUAUUACUACACAACUGUAAUGGAGCAGCAGGGAAAUGGACAACUGAUCGUGCCCCUGCAGAUCUACCCAAGAGCUUGCAAGCCUCCUGGGAAAAGGAACAUACAUGGCCUGAAGGUAAAUACGCGAGCCGGGUCUGCUAACAACAGCAGUGUGGCCAUCACAGACUCCCUUCCAAGCCAUAGUUUGAAGAAGUCCUCUGCUGAGCUGAAGAAAAUAUUAGCAAAUGGCCAGGUGGAGAUGAAUGAACAAGACAUUCGGUAUCGAGACAUCCUUGGCCACGGCAAUGGAGGCACCGUUUAUAAAGCAAACCAUGUCCCCAGUGGGAAAAUACUAGCCGUAAAGGUGAUUCCUUUAGAUAUUACACUAGAACUUCAGAAACAGAUUAUGUCUGAAUUAGAAAUCCUUUAUAAGUGUGAUUCAUCCUACAUCAUAGGAUUUUAUGGUGCUUUUUUUGUAGAAAACCGGAUUUCCCUUUGUACUGAAUUUAUGGAUGGGGGCUCUUUAGAUGUCUACAGAAAAAUUCCAGAACAUGUCUUGGGAAGAAUAGCUGUAGCUGUUGUUAAAGGCCUUACUUAUUUAUGGAGCUUAAAAAUUUUACAUAGGGAUGUGAAGCCCUCUAAUAUGUUGGUGAACACAAGAGGCCAGGUCAAGUUAUGUGACUUUGGAGUGAGCACCCAGCUGGUGAAUUCCAUAGCAAAGACGUACGUCGGGACGAAUGCAUAUAUGGCACCUGAAAGAAUUUCUGGAGAACAGUACGGCAUUCAUUCUGAUGUUUGGAGUCUAGGAAUUUCCUUCAUGGAGCUUGCUCUCGGGAGGUUCCCUUAUCCUCAGAUUCAGAAAAACCAGGGAUCUUUAAUGCCUCUCCAGUUACUCCAGUGCAUUGUUGAUGAGGAAUCUCCUGUCCUUCCGGUUGGGGAGUUCUCGGAGCCAUUUGUACACUUCAUCACUCAAUGUAUGAGGAAGCAACCAAAAGAACGACCAGCCCCCGAAGAAUUAAUGGGCCACCUCUUUAUUGUGCAGUACAAUGAUGGGAACGCUGAAGUUGUCUCCAUGUGGGUGUGCCGGACCCUGGAGGAGAGGCGUUUGCAGCAACAGGGAUCCCAGUGAGCGGAAGACAUGUGCUCUCUGAAGAGCUUCCCAGCAAACACAUUUCACAGCUGAGCCUGCCGUGAUCCCCUUUCUUCAAGCAAUUCAGUGGAUGUCCUUUGCCACUCCUCUCUCACUGCCUCCUGCAUCCUUAAGACAAUAGGAGCAUAUAUUUUAUUAAACCGAAUGUAUAUAUAUUGGCCUCCAAGUAUUUUAUACACUUUGGGACCUUUGCUAGCUACCGUAAAUAUAAGGACAUGAGCAGAAUGGAGGUGGCCAUCCUGUGGACCCAGUCAUGUGCCUGCUUUGGAUUGGGAUUUGAAAUUGAAUUCUUAGAUGAUGGACCAGUGAAACAAAAUGGAUCAAGAUGAAAGAAUAAAAAGGUGUAAGCAAUAUCUGCCAAAGAGUAUGUGCUAAAUUUAUUUUUGGAAGAGACAAUUGUGUGCUUACACUCUCCUCUAUACCCAUUCUUUGUGUAGGAUGAGGUGGACACCAAGGACAUCGGGAGAUUUUAGCAGAAGAUAAGGGGGGAAAGUUGGAUUGGGUUUUUAUUUGUUGAUGAUGUUGUUAUUACGUUGAGCAGUAGAACAAUUCCUUGGGAUUGAAUAAGUCUAAAGUUCAUUCUUAGGGGAAUUCUUGCCUGAACUGCAGAAGAGAUGCUGCUGGCCAUGGUUGAUAGCAAAGUUGGACCCUUCGAUGGGAAAAUUCCUUUGUUCCUAUUCAGCAAGCCUAAAAUAUACUUAAGUAACUGAUAUCGCUCUCUCUCUCCCUCCCUCCCUCCCUCCCUCUUUCUCUCCCCCCCCACCCACUCACACAAAUGUUGCCUGAGGCUGAUGUGACUUAUCAUUCAUUUAUUCAAUUACCGUAUUUUCCGGUGUAUAAGAUGACUUUCUAAAGCAUGCAAAUCAUCUCCGAAGUCAGGGGCCAUCUUAUACGCCGAGUCGUCUUAUAUGCCGGAAAUUAUGGUAGUUUCUGGCGUAUAAGACGACUUUCUAGGCAUGCAAAUCGGCACCGAAAUCGGGGGUCGUCUUAUACGCCGAGUCGUCCUAUACGCCGGAAAAUAUGGUAAAUGUGUGCACUUGUGCCACCAACACCAGUUAAAGCUGCAAUAGCUACUUGUUUAGAACACCAGGCUAAAUUUAGGCUGGGCAGUUGGCGACUCGUCUGGGAAUCCAUAAAAGUGGCUUCCUGACUUAGCAAGCUGUAAUGUUUUAUUACCAGACAUGGAUAAUACAGUUCCUCUGUUGGUUCACAAGGUUAAGGGGAGGUGGCGAUUGCAUCUUCUUACCUAAUUCAGGGUUUAGUCUCUUAGAUGAAUCUCAAUGAUCCCGGUGAUGAAGUCUAUCCAUUAACGUCGCCAGAUGGAGUCAUGUGUCAAAUGGAGGCCAAUUCUAAGAAAUGAGGCUGGGAGUUCCGCAAUCCUUUGAUGUCCUAACCUUCAGUAGCUGCUCUGCAAAAAGUUCAGGUCUCUACCAGAAAGAACAGACCAAAAACAAGAAGAAGGAAAUAGUGCUGUAAUCCAGCCCACCAACGACCAGCGGCUCUGGCAAGCAGUCUGAAAGAAAUCCAGCCUUCGAUGGAAAGCAAGGUUUCUCUGCACCCUAAACAUGGAUCUGUUGCAGAUGGUUGCGUCGUAGACUGCCCUACUCAAUGUUUGCCCCUUUUCUAAAUAAUUACGACAUUAAAAGACUAUGCUGAAAA